UCGCGCUCACCGACUCCGGGUGUCGAUUGGGUAGCGCAGACCGCCAAUCAGCAGCUCUGUCCAAUGAGAGCUAGGCAGGGCCGGGACUUGCGGUGCGGCGGCCGCGGUAUGGGUGCCGGGAGAUAGCGGCCUCGAAUGUGUCUCCUACUCGGGGCUACGGGAGUCGGGAAGACGCUGCUUGUUAAACGCCUGCAGAAGCUGAGUUCCAGGGAUGGCAAGGACGACCUGGGGGAGCCUCCGCCUACGCGGCCCACGGAGUGCACAGCGGCACAGUACUUGGCGUUGGUCUCUCGCUGUGCACAGGUGGGCACCAACCUCACUGACAUCGUGGCCCAUAGGAAGAUCACCAUCCGAGAGCUUGGGGGGUGCAUGAGCCCUAUCUGGUCCAGUUACUAUGGAAAUUGCCAUUCGCUCUUGUUCAUGAUGGAUGCCUCUAACCCCACCCAGCUUUCUGCAUCCUGCAUGCAGCUCUUGAGUCUCCUUUCUGCAGAAGAACUUGCAGAAUCAUCAGUCCUGAUACUCUUCAAUAAAAUUGACCUACCCUGUUACAUGACCAUGGAGGAAAUCAAGUCGUUAAUGAGGCUUCCAGACAUCACUGCUUGUGCCAAGCAGAGCAUUACCACAGCAGAAAUCAGUGCCAGGAAUGGCACUGGCUUGGAAACAGUGCUGGGCUGGCUCCAAGACCAGCACAGAGCUAGCAGUUAACUGCAAGAUGGGCAAGUAUGGCUGACCCGCCCCAUGACUAGGAGACAAAGACGGCGUGGAUGGCCUCUGAAGGUCUCUUCUGAUGGGGCAGAACCACCAAGUAUAUCUCUAAGUGAAAAGGAACUAUGCUGAGAUGCACUGAUUGGCAUCCACACAAUACUGCCAUCUCGUCUCUGAAGGAGAAUGUUUGAAAGACUGCGACAGGCCUGCAGGUGGCUGAUGUUGCCUUCUUGGAAGAGUACCUCCUACCAGGAAACCCACUGAACUUGUUCAUGUCAGGGACUCCACACUACACAGCUCCACUGACAUUUGGUCUCUUGCCUGUAGCUCUUGAUUUUCUGAUAUCCUGACCAUGUUCCCCCAGGACAACGUGAGGUGAAUGAAGUCGCUAUGGGAGAACUAUCUUGAGUUAGCAAAAGAACCUGGCAGCGUGUGGCAUGACCUGUGGCCACAGCUACUUGGGAGAGUGAAAUGGAAGGGUUAUUUGAGCCAGAGAAUUGAAGCCAGCCUGGGUAGCAGAACAUAUUUCAAAAAGAAGUGGGGGGGGGGACCCAAAAAUAAAAGUCAUUUUCUCAUU